AUGGCGGACGCCGUAGCAGACGCCGCCGUUGUCUCCACUCCCUACGGAACGGUGGGCGAGGAGGACAUCAAGGCACUCCACCGGCGCCCUGGAGCUGACGUCGCUGCUGAGCCCAAAGCGGGCACCACCACUCACGCUUCUCCUCCCAGCGACACAAAGAAGUCUUCUCCCGCCAAUCGCACGAAAGGAGGAAAGAAGGAACGACCACCGGAGAGCGCCGGGUUGAAGAAAAUUGAGGCCAAGAAUGGCGGGACCACUGGACAUUCGAGCUCUCCAGAUGGCGUCCAAGCUACUCCCAAAGGCCAGAAAAGUUCCCCCGACGGCACGCACAGCCACAAGGGCAAGCUGAAGAUGCCCGAUGGAACGUACGUGGGCAUCGAGGAGCGCAACCGAUAUAUCAGGGCCAUGCAAAAGAAGCACCUCCAGUGCCACUAUACACCCUUCGUAUUCGUCGGUACCAUUUGCAUCACGAUGGUGACCUUCCUGUGUAUCAAGGUAUACUUUCCCGUCAGGCACAUUCUUGGCGUCCCCGAUGAAACGGAGGAGGCUCACAAGCGGAAACCCAACACCACGACUUCGGCCGAAACUACAACGGUUCCUCCGCACAACACUUCCGAAGGCACGUCUCUAGGUCCAACCUUGCCCACAGCAAACGAAGCCACAAGUGAUGACGGGAGCCUCCACUCAGCGCAUCGCACUUGA